AUGGCGGAUGCCGAAGAAGGCUUCGGGCUCCCAGCCACGCCGGUCGACUCAGACACGAAGGAGCUAGCGAGCGACGGGAAACCGGAGAGUCAGCUGGGCGCCAGCAGCAAACAACCUUCCUCGCCCCAGGCCGCCUUCACCCAACAGGUAAGCCGCCGCACUGGGCAGGAAUGGGGGGAGGCAGGGGGGUGGGAAUGCUUUGGGAAAGUGGGAACUAAUGAGAGACAACCCCAUUACGCCUCCUCUGUUCUUUUAAUUCAUAAUAAUAAUGGGUUGUGUAUCCAAGGACAGUCCUACUCAGAGUAGGCCCAUUAAAAUCAGUAAAUAUGACGGGGGUCACCUCAUUAGGUCUUUUCUGAGUAGGGCUAACGUUUGAUGAAUGAUAAUAAUAGGUUAGUUAGGUUGCAGUCGUAACAACCCCACUUACCUGGGAGUAGGCCCCAUUUAAUUCAAUUGAGUUAUUUCUGAGUAGACGUGGUUAAAACUGCGCUGAACGGUAGUUUCAUUUCAUUUAUUUAUUAUUCACUGUAAAUCCUACCUGUAAGGUUACAGUUGGAGAAAGAGAAUACAAUGGAAUAAGACAAAUAUAAACACCUCCACCCCAAAAAUCACGUGCAAUGAAAUAUAUAUAUAUUUGGAGGGAUGGAGUCUGGAAUGCGCUGAUUCUGCUAUGCAGAAAGGCGGGCACGGCUAUUGACUGAGGGAAACCGUCCUUCGCAAGCAGGAAAAUUUGGGGGUACCGUUAAAGGACAGGGAAAAUAUUCGUAUUUGUAAUACCCAUUCGGAUUGAUUUCCUGGCUCCCGCCUCAAAUACAGUUUGUAGUAGACCUGGUUAUGUAAGCCAGCCGCGCAGUCCGCGUCAAUCGAUCCCGGAAUAAACUGCCAUCGCCAGAUUCUUGCUCACAACCACAAUAACUAAGGUCGCUUUGGAUAGAUUGCGCCGGCAGUAAAAUGCAAAUACAUACGCAGGAGCGCCGCGUCCCACUCUCUCCUCGCUGCGAGGGCGGCGUAAAGGUCGCAGAAAAGGAAGUCGAAAGGGAACUGGGAACGAACCCGGCUUAAAUGAUCGUGAGGACGCUCCCCGAGAUAUACGUGUGUGGCGCUCGCACCGGCGAGAGCCGCACGCGAAUAAAGAAUUAAGUACAUUUAUUUGCACCCAAACAUCAGAGGUUGGAAGGAGAGAUGUUUAGAAAAUAAAAAAAAUUAAAAGUUCGCGUGUUUGGGGAGUGCCUGAGCGUGCAAUACAUUUACGACCGCGAGGUUUCCAGCCUUGAUCCUUCGGGCUGGGUCUUUCUCUCGUCGUCCCAACAUCUGGUUUCUCGAAACCGAUCCUCCCUCUCCCUCCAGCCCAUUACUGCAAAUAUAUGUGCAGUAUGCUCUUGGCUUGGCCGGGAGGACUGGAAAGCUACCCUUGCUUCGGCUGCUUCUAGCGAGUAGCUUCGCUGCCGUUUGUGAUGGGAGUGAGUCUUUGCUUCAGGAUCUUAAAAAAAAAUCCAUGCAUCCGGAUCACGACGCAGAAGCGAGCCCCGCGAAAUGGGGUGUGCGCUUUUAUUUAUAUUUAGGUUAUUUUGAUUUUUAAAAAACGAUUUCUCUUUUAGGCAUCACAGAACUGGGAAAUGAGCGUGGCUGCCUUAUUCUCAUUCUCUCCCUCCCUUCCACGUUAUACAUUUUAAAGCAUGUCCCUCCGCUCCCAAAGGGAAUUGUAGUUCACCCCAAAGGGAAUUGUAGUUCACUCACUCGCAGACCUACAGGUCCCAGCACCCAUAACAAACUAGAGCUCCCAGGAUUCUUUGGAGGGGAGUGUGCUUUAAAUGUACGGUGGCCUAAUCUCUUAGGCCAAAGCAAGCCUCCUUAAGUACCAUGGAUGGCGCUCUCCCCAUUCCUACCGUGUUCAGUAGGGCUUACUCGUAGGUAAAUGCGCGUAUGCGGAGUCCCCGUGUUUACAAGUUACUGGCCAGUUUUUAAACACAAAAAUUAUGGGAGGGAAGGAGACUGGAAAGAUUUAUGUGUAAAGGGCAUUGAGAACUUUUGCUGUUGGAAAAGUUAGUAUAAACAUAUUCCAAAUAAAUAAAUGACCCAGGUCGACGUUCUAGGCACUUUUAAGGCGCGAUCCUAUCGCUAUCUAUUCAGGAGUUCGGUGGGGCUUACUCGAGAUCAAGUGGGUGUAGGAUUGCAGCCUUUCUCAAGCGUUCGUCUCCUCGAACUAGUUCGGACUUACUUCUGAAUAAAUAUGCGUAGGAUCGCACUGUCGAGCUCUCCCGGCUUGUGAUAGGGAAUAAGCCAACGUUCCAUUUGUCGAAACGAUCCAUCAGCAUGAAGCUGAUGCGCAGCACGGCUGCAACGGUCCAGUCGAUUAAUCAACUAAAGUGUAGGUUGAUUAAUCUGCUAUUAAUCGGCCGGGUCAAAUUUUGAACCGUGGGCUUGAGAGCUAAGGGGAACCCAAUCCCCUUCUCUCUUUUUUGGGAGGUCCAGUGUGUCAGGGAAGCAAGGCUGAUGGGCGGGGGGAGGCAACGCAUGCAGGCCCACUCAGAAGUAAAUCCCAUUGAUUCCAAUGGGCCUCAUAGGAUUGCAGUUUUCGAGUUGAACUUUUGCUUCCUAAAUGUUACAUUUAACCCCCACCUUCGGUAAUCCCCAAAUGUAUUUCCACUGUACCCCUCGGAAAUGAGGAACCCAGGAGCGGCGCAGUCCUUUUGCACACUUACCAGGGAGUAAGUCCAGUUGAACAAAUAAAGUUUCUCUCGAGUAAACAGGGCUGCCGUCCUAGGCACUGGGUGGGAUUGUCCUCUCUGUUGCUUUCCGCGGGUUUAGGCGUGCACAGCUUUCAACAGGAUCACAGUUCUUCAGCAAGGCAAUCCUAAUGUGACUACUCAGAAGGAAAACCCCAUUCAAUUUAAUGGGAUUUAUUCCCGCGGAUAUGUGCAUAGGAUUGUAGCUUAAUUGUGUUUUCAGUUAAACUGCCUUGGAACCGUCUGGUGAAGGCCGGGUAAGGAAAAACAGGCAAACUGGUUGAACACUGCCCUUAAUGACACGGACAUAUUAUUAUAAUUAUCCGUAUUUUUUGGGUAGAGAUGCAGAUAUGUAGAUGAAGCUGUAUCUGGCUAAUGGAAAUAAUAAAAUAGCGUGGAUGAUUAUGACAACAGGCAUGUACGUACAUAAGAAAACCGCGGAGGCGAGUGCGUAUUUGUGCAUUUGGACGUCUCAACCCAAUGCACUUUCAACUUGACCUCCACCGAGUUCGCCUCGUUUCCCAGAACCUGAACCAGAAACGCAGUAGGAUAGGAACCGCGUCUUUGUGCCACGUAAUCUCAGAGCCAGCGUGGGGUAGCGGUUAGAGCGUUGGACCAGGACCUGGGAGACGCGAGUUCAAAUCCCCCGCUCAGCCCUGUGAUGCUCACUUGGGUGACCUUGGGCACAGCAGCCCGACGUACCUCGCAGGAUUGCUGUGGGGAUAAAAUGCGGAGGGGGGCGGAAAUCACGUAGGCCGCACUGAGCUGGGGGGUGGGGAGGCGGAAUAUAAAUGCAACCAAUAAAGGAAACUCUGGAAGGACGUUGGGAUGGGCCCGUAAGUGACUGCAAGGCAGAGAUAACCUCCUUCUCAGGGGUCAGCUUUUCAUCCUCCUCCUCCUCCUCACCCCUCCUUUUUCUCUGCUUUCUCUUCCCCCAUCCUACCCCGCUGCCUUUUUUCUCAGGAAAACCUUCCUCGCCUCCGAUCCUAUUAUAGCGCCUGCUAUUUUGAUGCUCUUGGCUCGGAGCCUAUCAGGCCGGCUCCUAUCAGAAAAGUUCCAAGCGGCUCUCAUGGCCGCUGGCGCUGGGCAGAUCUCCGGCCUGGAGCGGCGAAGCGUCUUUGAACAUGAGCCGGACUGUCCCGUCUCUCGCCCACUCCCUCCCUCCCUCCCUCCCCUCCCGCCUCGCCAUUUCGGGAGAUAAAAACCACAAGCCUAGUUUAGGCAAGCCUCUAUUCACUGAGAAGGGAUAACAGCCGUCGUGGAGUGCAGCCAAGCCCGCUAGCACUCUCUCUCUCGCUCUGGAGGCCGUUUCACACGUUACACAGUCAGAAACUCGGGUUUGCCACCGAGGAGGUACUCUCAGCAGGAGCCACAGCCAACCCCGUCUCCUGGCCGCGUGUGCCUGGAAGAAGCACGCGUCUCUCCCCCGUUUCCACGUUCACUGUUGGCAUUUUAGGAACACCCGUGUAACCCGAGCCUAUGCGUAUACUAGGGAACAAGCCACCUUGAAACCAGUGGGAUUUGCUCCCAAAUCAAUCGAAGUUUAUCAUCAUCAUCAUCAUCAGUAAAGCGGUGGGGGAUAUACACUUGAAAAGGUGUGGCGUGAAAAAGACAUGCCAUCAGCUAUUAAUGGGCGCGGGGAAUAAACACCCUUGAUAUCCCCGUGAUUUGGGGAACGGGUACGUCACAUUGCAUGGUGAAAAUCCCGGGUUCGAUUCUCAGCCUCUCCAGAUAGGGACUGGGAUGUCUCCUGCCUGGAAACCUAGAUAUCUGCUUCUAGUCAGGGUAGACAACACUGAGAUAGAUGGACUGCUAGUCUGAUUCACUCUAAGGCGCCUUCCCGUGUUCUCACCUGCCCUUGCUGUAUAAUGAUUUGCCUGUUGCCAUUUGCUCUCCUUUCCAGGGCAUGGAGGGAAUCAAAGUGUUCUUACACGAGCGAGAAUUAUGGCUCAAAUUUCAUGACGUGGGGACCGAAAUGAUUAUAACCAAAGCUGGAAGGUAAGAAUCCAGAUAUUUCUCUUUUUGGGGUGUGGGUGAUGGAGCUGGUGGAGAAAGACUCAUUAUCACUAGAUGUGUGCGUGUGUCAUGGGCAUAGCCAAGAUUUUUUUUUGGGGGGGGGCAGACUUUAUAAUUGGUGGGGGGAUGAUAGAAGCGAGUUAUCUGAGAUGCAGUUGGUCAGUUAGUUAAGUAUUUUUAUUUAUUAACUUGACGCCCAUGGUGUGUAUUUUAAAUUUAUUCUCUAUAUCCUCUUGCCUUUGUGGUUUUCCACCGAGGAUGCGUCUUGUAGUCUUACCACAAUGUUGUAAGCCGUCUCGAGGGUUUUUCUUUUGGUCAAAAGGCGGGGUAUGGAUAUUUUUUAGGUAAGUUAAUGGCUUUGUGGAGAAAUAAAUAAAUGAAAUUUCGGCCUGAUUCCCUAAAAGACGAAGGAACACGAUUCAUUUGCAGGGCUGUGUGUGUCCUCGGAGGGAGGGGGAGUUCAUUUGCGAACCCCAUCGAAAUUAAAAGAAGCCUUUCCGGGUGCGUUAUAGUAGCCCGGACGUGCCUUGAAGACUUCUGCCCAGUGAAAAAUACGCAGGAUCUGAUGUCGCAUAAAAUGCAAUAUCAGGAGUGACAGCGGAGCUCUCGGAAUAGAUUUCCUUGCAGGAAUAUUUCGAAGAAUUGACCUUAAGGUUUGUUUCUCUUGAGAUUCUCCCCCCCCCCUUUUAAAACAAGUUUAGGUGCUGCAGCAACUCUUCCAGUUAUUUUCGCAGGGUAACCAUUGCAAUAAUCGAGACAAAAUGAAACCAUUUAAAGGCCCGACAGUUUCGGUGGCACAAUCCUGACCAUGUCAGUUCAGAAGUACGUAAGUCCUACUCAGAGUAGAUCCACAGAAAUGAAUGAACGAAGGUUAUUUCCAUCUGACUAGGACUUAGUGUUUCAACCCAAAGUGUUUCCCCUUUUCUUAAUGUGUUUGUUUGUGUGUGUGUCAUAAAAGCACAAACAACAUUUCGCUCAAGCUUGCUCUGGCUUUGUUAAUUAGUUAUUUAUGUAUCAAGUUUAGGGACAGGUGAAUGCUUGAUAUUAACACAGUGAAUACUAUGUAUACCAUUAGACUGCGAUUCUGCGCGCAAUUACUUGCGAGUAAGUUCCACAGAACUUCCGAGUAAAAUGCAUAGGAUCGUACUACGGGGUUCCGUUGCGCCUCUCAGUUUUGCGCGCGCGUUAUAGGCACAGUAAGAGAUUUGGCAUGUUUUCAUUUAUAUAUAUAUAUAUAUAUAUAUAUGCGCAAAUCUAGACCCAAUGACACCAAAACAAUCAGAUCUGAACAGGGUCCUUCAUAAACUAUUUGGCCUCCUCGCCUCUAUAUUUACCAUAGUAUAACUCGCAAGGGCGCUAUCUCUACCUCUUAGUGUUGAGGAAAAAACUGUGUUUUGAUCCCGCCUCCAGUUAUGGUGUUCCCAAAACACUCUCCACCACAAGCGCUGGAGGUUAUGCUUUAAGGUUCAGUUUCUACUCCAGCUUUGAAAUCAGUCCUGUUGAAAUGAAUGGCAGGGUCUGACUGGAAGAUUCUGCGUUUGAGGAGUUUAGGAUUUGCUGCAGUUUAUUCUCUGUUUCCGUUUCAGAACACAAUGUUGUUUCUCCCCCUCCCCCUCGUAUAAUUAUAUUAUAUUAUAUUAUAUUAUAUUAUAUUAUAUUAUAUUAUUAUAUUAUAUUAUAUUAUAUUAUAUUAUAUUAUAUUAUAUUAUAUUAUAUUAUAUUAUAUUAUAUUAUAUUAAUCUAAGUCUGCUAUAAGAAUGCUUUAGCAUUAAGAUGGAUAACUAUAAUCACUAUUGGUUACUAGCCACCCUGGCUAUGUUGUACCUCCACCGCUAGAGGCAGUAUGCUCCAGGUACAGUACUAGUUUCUGGAAACGAUAGGCGGGGAGAGUACUGUUGCGCUCAGAUCCUGCAUGUAAGCCACCCAUGGGCGUCUUGCUCCCCCCCCCAGUUAUAAUUUAUUACAUUUUCAAAAAAUCAUAUAUACAUUCCAAUACAUAAUAUUUUUUUCUGUUUUGUCGACUUCCCACCCCAUUUUCCAUUUUUUUUAUUGCUUCCCCUUGCUGUAACCUAUCAUCUCUCUCUUAUACCAUAACAACAAUGCAAUAAUGUUUAAUUCCUUCUGUUGCUCUUGUUCAAAUCCUGCUUGCAAACUCAUCAUACUAUAAUAUUUCUUUAAAUAGUCCAAAAAAGGCUUCCAUCCUUCCACAAAACAGUCAUUAGGUUCACUUAUUUUAGCUGUUAACUUUGCCAAUUCCAUGUUGUCCAUCACUUUACUUAUCCAUUCUUCUUGGGCAGGAACUUUUUCCUUCCAAAUUUGUGCAUAGAGAAUUCUGGCUGCUGGUGGUUGUAUUUUUUAACUGCCCUGUGAUCUUCGGAUGAAGGGCAGUAUGCAAUUUUAAUAAAUAAAUAAAAUAAUAGAUGGGCCGUUGCCUGAUCCACUAGGAUUCUUCAUACAUUCUUACGUAUAAGCAUUCAUUAGCGAAUGAAGCAUUGAUUAGUUCACAUCCAUUGCAUCAGCCGCAGGGGGAAGAAGAGAGCAAAGUUCUACUGCAGUUUUGGUGACCCUGCUGCCACUCACUUCUAAGUUCUGAGGAUGCAAAGAACUGCUUAGUGGCACAGUUUAUCUUAGCAAACAGGAUUUUCAGGCACCCCUCCCUGCUUUUUAUAUACAGUGACUACCAUUGGUUUCCCACUGUCUUAGCAUGUCCAUUUAAAUUUCCAUCUCAAAAGCAGUUCAGGAACAUAGGAAGUGGUCAUCCAUUGAAUCAAACCCUUGGUCCAUCUAGCUCUGUAUUUUCUACAUGGGCAGGAAAUGAUUCAAUUCAAGAUGUCAGGUGGGGGACAUUCCAGAUCCUACCUGGAGAUGCUGGGGAUUGAACCUGGGACCUUUUGGAUGCAAGGCAAAUGCUGUACCACUAAGCUACAGCCCUUAUUCAUGUUUACCAUGUGGCGCAGUGUAUAUGCCUUUGUGGAGGAGAAGCAGAGUCCGAGGAAAUCUUAUACCUGUCUACCUGGAAGUAAAUCUGAUUUGGUUCAGUUGGACUCACUUCCGGUACAGGAUUGCAGCCUUUGGUUCCUUCCAUUUCUAGAUUUAUUGUUAAUUGGAUUCUGGCCUAGAAUUGAAAUAGAAAAAAAGAGACAAUUAUACAGUUUCAAACAAGUUUAUUCCUGUGGUUCUUUUGGAGGAACCUUAUAGACAAGUUGUGUUGUAUUGUGUUGUGUGUAUAUAUGGGGGUUAUUGGGUUGUUGUUUUUAUUUUGAUUAUAUAAUUUGUGGUUUCGUAUUUUGAUUUCAUUCUGUGAACAGCCCUGAGACCUCCAGGUAUAGGACAGUAUAUAAAUUCAAAUAAUAAUAAUAAUAAUAAUAAUAAUAAUAAUAUGUACUCAUAUAUACUCAAUGUUAUGUAUGUAUAUUGCAUAUAAUUUUUAUGCAGUGAAGUAUAUUUUAUAGAAAUAGUUUAUAUAUGCAAAUGUACAUGCACACAUGCAAACAUAUAAUUAUAUCCAUAGGUCUGUUGCAGCAAGAGUCUUAAAGACUUUUAAAUUUAAAAAGGAAGAGUAUGUUUUAGAAGUGCGAUUUUAUUCAGUAUAAUUUUGGAUGCCACAGAAGUGUUUUAAAGUCUCUUGCUUGUGUGCAUUGAUAUUGUAAUAGAUCUGUGGUGCUAAGAUGUUUAAGUAUAGUAAAUGUUAGGAUUUAAUUAGAACUUGUAUGCUAUAACUGGGAUAUGUUAUAAGGCAGUCUCAAUGUGUAUUAGAAAGGAAGUUAUGGAAGGGGGUUGAGGUGUUUAAAUCCUGCUUAUGUGUAAAGACUGUGCUUGGACUUUGAGAAUGUAAUCAAGAUCCAUACGCAUUGGAAUGUGUGUUCCUACUUCUGAGCACCAGCAAUUAGCGUGUGAAGAGUUAAUUAACCUAUGUAAAUGUCCUAAGUGUGUACCAGUCUUUAACUGUAGUCAGUCAACAAGUGUUGAUGGUCAGGAGAACUCCUUUGUUAGGUGACACCUGAGGGGGUUAAUCAUUAGUAUUUCAAAGCAUCAAAAGAACUGACCAUUAGAAUGCAAUAAUAAUAAAGGAAUAAAGGAGGGAGGCUUAGUGUUUAGGAGCAACAGAAUGAGGAGAGAUGCCUUAGACUGGAGUGCUGCACUGCGGUGGGGAGCAAACCGCUCUUGAGAUGACCAUGCUGUAAGAUCUGGACUCCCUCCAUGCAGACUGAAGGAGUAAAUAUGUGAAUAUAUAGUAUUUCUUAAAGCUGUGACAGUCUCUGUCAUGUCUUCAAUUCUCCAAAGGAGCCCAAUGGGCUCUUGCCUCUGCUUGGCAGAGAGAGGGGCAGGCACCCAACUUUUGUAAACAAUAUAAACAUAACUGUUAAUCUCAGGGUUGUGGGUUCGAGUCCCACAUUGGGUGAAAGAUUCUUGCAUUGUAGGGGGUUGGACUAGAUGACCCUGUGGUCCCUUCCAACUCUACAAAUCUAUGUUUCUGUGAAUCUGUUAGUCUUUAAUGCUUAACAAGCCUUCUUGUUGCUUUCCACAUAGUUUUUUUUAAAGUUAUUUUUACAGCAGUACACUUACAAAAUACAAUUGCAAAUACAAUUGCAGAGAAGCUUACAGAAAUCAGUAGUAAGACAGGUGUGCAAUCUGAAAGACACAACAUGCAAGGAAAAAUGGAGAGAGACGAAGGAAGAAAAAAAAAACAAGUUCCACCAGUAGCUCUUAAAAUUCCAGUCCUCCUCCUCCUCCUGCUCCCCAACUGCUAAGGAGGACAUCUGUCUAAACCCCUGAGAAUUGCUGCCAGUUAGUGUGUUGACAACAAUGAGCUAGAUGGGCCAAUGGCCUUACUCAUAAUAAGGCAGCUUCCUAUGUCUUAGGGACAUGGCCGUAGCUCAGUGGUAGAGCAUCUGCUUUAUGUGCAGAAGGUCCCAGGUUUUAUCCCUGGUACCUCCAGUAGGUUUAAGGACACCUGCCUGAAACCCUUGAGAGUUGCUGCCAGUCAGUGGGUGUAGAUAAUGCUGAGCUAGAUGACCAACAACCCAACUUGGUAAAAAGCAGUUUCCUAUCCUCCUACCCUUCCUUGUGAGUUGCAUUGCCUUGUAAGGACCAGCCAGAGACCUUCAUGGCUAUGUUGAACACUCUGAACCAGGGAUUGGGAAGCUAGGGCUCCAGUUCCCAUCCAGCAUGGCCAGUGGUCAUUUUAUAGCUCAGCGGGUGGCACUGUGGGUUAAACCACAGAGCCUAGGACUUGCCGAUCAGAAGGUUGGCAGUUCGAAUCCCUGCAACGGGGUGAGCUCUCACUGCCCGGUUCCUGCUCCUGCCCACCUAGCAGUUCAAAAGCAUGUCAAAGUGUAAGUAGAUAAAUAGGUACCACUCUGGUGGGAAGGUAAACGGCGUUUCCGUGCACGGCUCUGGUUCGCCAGAAGCGGCUUAGUCAUGCUGGCCACAUGACCCGGAAGCUGUACGCCGGCUCCCUUGGCCAAUAAAGCGAGAUGAGUGUUGCAACUUCAGAGUGGGCCAUGACUGGACCUAAUGGUCAGGGGUCCCUUUACCUUUACCUUAACAUCUUGGAGGCCACAAGCUCCCCACCUCUGAUAGCUCUUUGUUCUAUUUUGGAAACUGUAUGAUAGCAUUUUGUUUUCACUUGGUUUUGCUUUGGGCUGUUUAAAUUACUUUGCGAAUUUUACUCAGGAUUUAGAAGUGCUGAAUUCUGGUUAGAGAGUGCUAUAAAUUACACAGAUGCAUGGGUGAGAAAUUAUUUAAAGGCUUCCGAUAUUGGAUGACUUAUUUUGAAAAAAGAGAGAGGGAGGAAGCAGAAAGGAGAGAUAGGAAUCUUAAGCAAAUUUAUUUGAAGUAAGCCAACCCGGAAGUAGCAGGGUAUACUUAUGAGUAAAUGCUUAAGAUUGCAGCUGUAAGAGAACUUACUGGUGGAUCAUACCCCUUAAUGAUAACAGGACCUCAUAUGAAAUGUUUACUUUCUGGUUCUCAGUCUUGGUUAUACUAUGAAAGACUGUAAUUGCAAUUUGUUCCAGAACAAACGUUUUCAGAUCAAUGCAUCUCUCUGCUAAUAUUUACAUGUCUUUUUCUUUCCUUUUUAGGCGCAUGUUCCCCAGCUACAAGGUGAAAGUGACGGGACUCAACCCAAAAACAAAGUACAUCCUGUUAAUGGAUAUUGUCCCCUCUGAUGACCACAGAUACAAAUUUGCAGAUAAUAAAUGGUAUGCAGCCUAAUUCUGUUUUGGAGAUAGGGCAAAAACCAUGCAAGAUUAAAGGGUUGAAAACAAAAUCUAUACAGAGCAAAGCCAAAAGGGGCAAUUGCUCUUUGGUGUGGCGUAGGAUACCCUGCUCCUUGGACUAAGAACAUUUGUCUAUACAUUAAAGCAGAGUUGAGGAAACCACAGGCUGAGGGUGGCCCUUUAGGCCUCUCUAUCUGGCCCUUGGAACUCUUCACAGACCCCACCCGUUACUGGCUCUGCUUUGCACCUUGAGUGGUUUUCCUUGGCUGGAAGAUGUGCUCUCAUAAUGCCUCUCAUUUGCCUGGCUGGAGCAUAGAGCAGUACAAAGCAAAACAGUCCAAAAUUCAGCCAUUUUGCAUUGUGUGUAGGGACAGCUCUAAAUACUGGGUGGCACACAGCUGAAUGACACUGUUGGGUAGGUCUGUACCACUCCAGACUUCAGGUAGGACAAUACCAUUCUUGUCAUCUUUCAAAUCCACCAGACUUUGCACAUUCAAGAAUGUGAUUCCUUCAGCUGUAGCACGUAAUAGGGCAGUCUGUUCUGUCAGUGGAGGUGAGUCCAUUAAGGCAAGUAGGGGCAAUGCCCCAUCAAACUAAGUCUGUCCUCUGCCAGCCUCCGCCUGCCCACCUCCUUACAAUCAGCCUCAUGGGUAGUGCUGGCUGUCAGCGUCCUCCUCCUUAGUCUCAUAAAAUUCAGCAGAGAGUAUGGUGGGGACAAAACCAGAAUGAAUUGGCUCUACCUAUCAUAGACCAGGGGGAUGCGGGUGGUGCUGUGGGUUAAACCACAGAGCCUAGGACUUGCUGAUCAGAAGGUUGGCGGUUCAAAUCUCUGCGACGGGGUGAGCUCCCUGCACCUGCCAACCUAGAAGUUCAAAAGCACGUCAAAGUGCAAGUAGAUAAAUAGGUACCGCUCUGGCGGGAAGGUAAAUGGCGUUUCCGUGCGCUGCUCUGGUUCGCCAGAAGUGGCUUAGUCCUGCUGGCCACAUGACCCAGAAGCUGUACGCUGGCUCCCUCGGCCAAUAAAGCAAGAUGAGCGCCGCAACCCCAGAGUCAGUCACGACUGGACCUAAUGGUCAGGGGUCCCUUUACCUUUACCUUUAUCAUAGACCAGGCACAGGCAAACUUGGCCCUCCAGUUGUUUUGGGACUACAGUUCCCAUCAUCCCUGACCACAGGUCCUGUUAGUUAGGGAUGAUGGGAGUUGUAGUCCCAAAAUAUCUGGAGGGCCAAGUUUGCCUAUGUCUGUCAUAGACCAAUCAGUAACUCCACCAGGCAUUUUCUCUGGCUCCCUCUACUGGUGGCCUCCGUGCCUUCCAUCCUACUAGUCCCAAUCAGCAGCAGUCUCUAAUGCAUUUCAUGACUUCAGGACUCUACCACUCCUCUCUGCUGUAUGUUAUCACUGUCAUUAUCAUUAUUGUCAUCUGUAAUGUGGUACAGUCUAUUGUACCACCUCCAGACUCUACCACUUCAGCUACUGCAAAAUUAGUGAAGGGAUGGGGCAUGUCUGAGGAAUAGGACUGGGAGGGAAAAGCCAUUCAACAAUUCUUCUCUUUCUCUGGGUUGAUUCACAAUUACAUUUUGCCCCACUCUUUCCUGGCACAGAUUUGUGCUUAAAAGCUCCGUGUCCAAGCAGUUGCUGUUGGUUUUUGCCCUGGAGCUUUCCGUGCAAAAGCUUUAAAAAGCAGGGUUUCAUGGGUUACUCUCUGGAGCAAAAAAAAGGGCACUUGGACAUAUAACUUUAAAGCAUGGGCCAUGCCUGGAAAGAGUGGAAGAAAGAUAUGUGCGGAUAAGCCGCUCUUCCCUCCUCUGAUUUGGAACAUUUUCUGAUUUUCUAAUGUAGUUGAGAGAAUAAAACAAAACACCAAACCCACUGUGUUGAUUUUGGUUAGGUCAGUGACUGGGAAAGCUGAGCCUGCCAUGCCGGGAAGAUUAUAUGUGCACCCGGACUCGCCAGCCACUGGGGCCCAUUGGAUGAGGCAGCUGGUCUCCUUCCAAAAGCUCAAGCUGACCAACAACCAUCUUGACCCAUUUGGCCAUGUAAGUACCUGGCAGAUUUAAUUUCAUAUUGGCUGAUACAGACUGACAUUGGAGCUCUCGUCAAAACUAAACAAACUCCAGCUUUUCAAUCAGAGCUUAGUUGGAUCCAUACAUAUACACCACAAUAGGAUUUAGCAAUCUUAAGCUCCUGUUAUACGAUAUCACGGAUGGUGACUCUAAGCACCUGCAGAGUGCCUUUCGUUUGUCACUGAGGAAUCGCAGCCACUCCCAGUAACAGGGAAGAGAUUGAGAAGCUGUGACCUAGCUGUUGUUAAGACUACAACUCCCAUCAGGCCAAGGCAGUGAGAUGAAAGGUCAGGGACCAUGGGAGUUGUAGUCCAAUGACACCCAGAGGGUCACAGGUUUUCCCCAUCCCUGGUUUAGGGGUAAAAACUUCUAGGCAGCCUUGCAUACCUUCUUCUCAUUUUAGAAAGUAGACAUUUUGGGCCAUGAUCCAAUGGCAACAACAGAGAAGGUGGAUAUAAACUUUCACUUGAUUUCACUUUGUGCCAGAUUGCAACCUAGAUUACAGGUGGAUAACCUGUGACCUUCCAGAUGCUGAUGGUCUAAAACUCUCGCCAUCCUGGCAGGGACUGAUGGGAUUUAAAGUCUGACAACAUCUGGAGGUCCACAGGCUCGCCACUCCUUGCCAAGAUAGAUAAAUCGAUGGCGAGUAAACCCCAAUGAAUUCUCAGUUGAGUAGCUUGGGUGCUGUGUAAGGCCAUGUGCCUGUUGUGGCUUAGACUGUGUACAUCCUGUAUCUUUAAAGCACAUUUGAAGCACAGUCUCAUCCUUAAACAAUUCUGGGAUCUAUAGUUUACCCCUCGCAGAUUUACAAUUCCUAGCAACCCUUCAUAAACUAUGGUGCCCAGAAUUCUUUGAGGAGUAAAACAUACUUUGAAGCUAGAGUGUAUAUGCAGCGCUUGUGAAGGAAAAUGAGUUUAUUUUAAAAACUACCUUUAUUUCAGAAUUGCAACUAAUAUUUCUGCUGGUGAGGGGGAUAUGGGUCAAGGAGUUCUCUGACUGCAAAAAAGGGAAGCCUAAGACAACAUAUGCUAACAAGAUGUUGUAUCUAAUAAAGCUGACAUUAUGCAUAUUGUAUUAUUUAUGGGAUUUGGAGUUUAUAAAAUAAUGAAGUAGAAACAAUGUAGAAAAUUAUUGUUUUAUAUGUUCACUUGGUAAGAAAGUCUCUUGAUUUAUCUGUGCUUCCACUGCUCUGUUAUUUUCUUUCAUGUACACCUCUACACAUAUUGCUUGAAGGCUGAUUUCUCAAAGGGGAAUAAUAGAAUUGUAGAGUUGGAAGGGAGGGUUAUCUAGUCCAACCCCCUGCAAUGCCUGAAUCUUUUGCCCAAUGUGGGGUUCAAACCCACAACCCUGAGAUUAAGAGUCUCAUGCUUUACCAACUGAGCUAUCCCAGUAGCAUGUUCUAAGCCUCCAAAUGCCCUGGGAAUUAUUCUUACGCUCAAGCCUCAACCUUGGGAUGGGGGUGGGGAGGGGGGACGAGAGAGAAAUUGAACUGUGGUCUCAUUUAAAGGGGAACUGACUUAAUUCACCCUUUCUGACAUGAGACACAGCCAUCCUCCAAAAUUUGCACUUUCCUGAACGUUGAGAUGUUCUAACCAAGUACAAAAAUGCAUAUAUUUAGGUAAGGUGUAUGGAAGAAUGCAUUAUGUUAGUGAAAAAUAACAUGCAGCAAUGCAUUAUAUUUGGGAAUGCUGCUUUGCAAAAGUGUGUCUUUUAACCAAAAUUGCAUACAAACAUGUGUACAUUAGGAUAAAUUCACACAAAAAUGCUGAUACAUUUUCUGACAUUAAAAAAAAAUCUCAAAGUGUUGUGGAGAACUGAAUUUAAAUUAAAAAAGGAGAGAGACAAACAGAGAGAAACUGAAAUUGACAGAUUCACCCACUCCCUACCUAAAACAUAGGUAUCUUCUAAUCUCAGAUGGGUGGAGGCAGAGGGAGACUGUGAUAUUUUUCAACAAUGAGAAAGCUCCUCUGUGUAUGAUCAGAGACAGCCUGCACUGCAUUCUUAUCAUUCAACCAUAUAUUGUUUACUGUCCUUUCCCAGCACUAAAAACAGGUUGCUGUGGACAGAGGUGUAGCAAGGGCAGGUGGUACCCAGUGCAAUUUUUUUGUCAACCCCUCCCCCCCCAUUACAAUUUUUGGGAACAUUGCCCAGAGUUGCUGACAACUUUUUAGGGAGGGCUGGCCGCAAAACAGAUACAGGGGUGCCAGUGCUGCCCACCAAUUGUGAAAAUCCAACCACCUAUCGCAUAAAACUGCCCGCCGGGGAUGCGAGCGCUGACCGCUGGGGGUGUGUGAACGCCACCCGCUGGAGGAGGGGGAGGCUGAUCGCUGGCCAUAUUUGCGUGAUCAGCUGCUGUAAUUUCACGACGGUCGCGUCAAUCGUGAAAAUCAGCCUGCUGGGAAUGGGGAUUUUGUCACCCCCCCAGGCAUGACACCCGGUCAGACUGCACCCCUGCACCCCCCUUGCAAUGCCCCUGGCCUGUGGAAUCACAAAAGAACAGAAUUGGAAGAGGGCCUCUGAACUAGUACAGUGGUACCUCAGGUUAAAGACACUUCAGGUUACAGACGCUUCAGGUUACAGACUCCGCUAACCCAGAAAUAGUACUUCGGGUUAAGAACUUUGCUUCAGGAUGAGAACAGAAAUCGUGUGGCAGCAGUGGGAGGCCCCAUUAGCUAAAGUGGUACCUCAGGUUAAGAACAGUUUCAGGUUAAGAACGGACCUCCAGAACGAAUUAAGUUCUUAACUCGAAGUACCACUGUACUCCAGUCUGGUGCCCUGCUUAAGUACAGGACCUGCUAUUCAAGAUACAGCUGCAGCAGCUCUGACAGCUGGUGGUCCAGCACCUUCUGAAAUAUCCCCAGCAAAGGAGAGCCCACUGUCUCCUGUGGAGGUCUGUUCUGCUGUGGAACCACUCUUCCUUCUAGGAGGCUUCUGUUGAUGCUUAGCUAAAAUCCCCUGCAGUUCUAGCCUCUCCCUCCAGAGCAGGCUUCCUCAACCUCGGCCCUCCAGAUGUUUUGAGACUACAAUUCCCAUCAUCCCUGACCACUGGUCCUGCUAGCUAGGGAUCAUGGGAGUUGUAGGCCAAAAACAUCUGGAGGGCCGAGGUUGAGGAAGCCUGCGCUAGGGUAAUGGAGGACAUUUUUCAAUUGAGGUCCGCAUGCUUUUGCUGCCUACUGUAGACUGACUGCCAGAGCAGCAGCAGCAGCAGCAGCAGCAGCAGAGAGAGUGCAUUAAUGCUCAAAUUCUUUCCACUAAGCUGAGGCUGACAGCUGAAAUGCCGAGGGAUGGGCGGCUGGGAAGCCUGAGCCAGGAAGGUGUUUAACAGUGAAUAAAGUUGGUCUUAAUUUGAUGGAAGUGUGCUUGAUGCAUCUUGGUGGCAGCCGCGCCCUGUCAACAGUUGGCUCUAAUUGAGCUCCGGCUGCACAAGUGGUGCCUGCAGACACGUGGAGGGGAGAUGUGAGAUGAAAUGGGAGACAGCAGCGCCUUGUAAACAAGGAUCUGUACAAUGUGCUAACUGAUCUAGUAACCCAGAUUGAAGUGCAGCCGCCCAGCCCAGGUUACAGUUUGAAUUAAUCCUCAUGCCUCGCUGGACUGACAUCACACACACAAAUACACACACACACAGAGUAUUCUAGUCUGAGAUUAAUUUUAGCUGUGCAUGUCUUGGACUUAGCUUCAGAACCUAUUUUUGGUGUUAGACUUUAAGGAGGAAUCAGAGCAUGUACAGAAAGCCGCCUCCUCUCCUCCUCCUUUUCUUUUUUAAGGAUUGCAAUCCUAAACUUAUUUAUUAAGGGAUUCAGGUCUAUUGUACACAAUGGGACUUGUUUCUGAGCAAACAGGCAUGAGAAUGUGUUGUGAUUAAUUAUAAAUUGCUUCUAAAUUAUCUUCGACUAAGGGCAACAAUUUCUAGUUAGUCACAUGCCGUGCCUUCUCUUGUUAUAACCUUGAACAGUGCAAUCCUAUAAUGUCCUUUCAGAAGUCUGACCUACUGCCUGACCCAGGGACUUACGGGCAAGCAAGCAAAAGCGUAUAGGAUUGCAACCUUUUUGUAAAACGCUUUGAGGUUUUUGAAGUUUCCCCCUUACCAUUAAGCAGUGCAUAAAUCUUAUGAAAUAAAGAAACAACCCCGAAACAUCAAAGAAUCUUGUGGCACCUUUAAGACAAAUGUAUUAUAGUAUAAUAAUAAUAAUAAUAAUAAUAAUUGUAAGCCGUAAACACGCGACAAAACCUUUCAUUGGCUUUGCUGCAAUAGACGAGGGUGAAAUCUACACACAUAUAAAAAACGUUGUGAAAAUGCCUUUUUUUAAAAAAAAAAAUUUUUUUUUGAAAAAUAUAUUGAAUUUCCCAUAGCUCACUGUUGCCAUCUAGUGUCACAUUUGCAUAUUGCACUUUACAACACACUUAAAACGUCUUAUUUGCAGCUGUAUAGCUGAGUCCUAAGGCAGCUAGCCCUCUGGAAACAGUUACAACCUUAGCCUCAAACAUUUAAUAGCUAAAUGGCAUGUUUGUGUGUGAAAGACUACAGUUAAGGAAGCGUGAUCCUUCUUUUAAAAUAUUUAGAUAUCGCUGUCAGUCAGAAUAGAUUCCAGGGCAGACUGCAAACCUUUACAACUAUAUCAACCAGACAAAAACACAAAUUAGAAACAAGCUGUAGAUUCAUGAUAGAAAGAACAGAAAUACUUAAAUUGCUUGAGGUAUGACUUGGUAGCCCUGCAAAUAUAUCUCUCUAUACUAGGUGUGGGGAACCUGUGACCAGUGGAAGCCAGUCCAUUAGGACACAUGAAGAGCUGCUCCCCCCAGCCCCAUUCUGCCCUCAGCCAGUCUCCACCUGCUUUCCUUGCUGGUUAUAACCAGAUCAGACCCAGGGCAUGCCUCCAACUUCCUCCUCCACCUUAAGUCUCAGUGUUGCCUUUGCAGAACUGAGCAGGGAAGAGGACGGGGUCAAAAAUGGACUUAGUUGGCUCUGCCUGUUACUGGCUGUGGCGCCACCUUCAGGUGGACUCCUUGUCUUCUGCCCUACCAGUCCCAAUGAGCACCAGCCAUCACCGCCUCUGGAUACCGUUGGAGAACAAAUCCCACCUGCCCCAGGUAGCAUAGAGUUGUAGCCCGACAAUACCUAUAUCCUCCAACUCUUCCAGAAGACACCACUUCAUGUUGUAGGAGAGAGGUUUGACAUGUUUCAGUGCUUUCAUCUCCUGGAGACAAGAACAAAACAACCUUCCCUGCACAUAGAAAGCUAGCAUGUCCUGGUGAGGGACAUUCUUCCCUGAUGGGACAGUUUUCUUUGUGCAAUGAGACUGAUGGUUGGCUAAGUUGGCUAAGGGAUGCUGGGAGUCCAUCAGCUGAAGAUCACUGAUGUAGUUAAUACUAAGCUAGAUGGACCAAUCGUCUGACUCAGUAUAAGGCAACUUCAUAUGUUCUUCACUAGGAUGUGAAGCAUAUUUGAAGAAGGGCCAUAGCUCACAUGUCUAGCAAUUCCUUGGCAUGCACUCUCGUCAGCUGGUGGGUUGUGGCCUGAUUCAAGGUGGGUCACAGCAGGAGUGCUAGCACCCUGCAAAUGUAUGGUGAAAGAUUAAGAAAUUGGUACCCACUGGCGGAGGAAGAGGUGUGUGGGGUGAGCAGCUGCCCCCCUGCCUGUAGUGAGUGCCACACCCCUACACCAUGCCCCCAGGACGCGCACCAGCCCUGCUCCCACCUGCUCUCUGCCCCCCUGGUGCCAGAGCAUGCAGCUCUGCCACUGUUGGUACCCCAUUCGGGUUAAAAGUAGAUCCUGGGUUUGAAGACUUUGAUAAUCUUUGGUUGCCCUUUCUGGAAUCACAUUAGCCUUGAUUCCUGCAUUGCAGGGGGUUGAACUAGAUGACCCCUUGGGGUCCCUUCCAACUCUGUGAUCAUUUUUCUCUCUCUCCCCCUCUCCUCUGUGUCUCUCUCUCUCUCUCUCUCCCCCCAACUCCUAGCUUAGGCUGAGGUGGGGGAUGUGCAAAAGGCUGUUUCUUGAAGAAUUUUAUAUGGGCUUUCAUCUAGGCACUUCACAGCCUAGGACCCUCGUACCUACGGGACCGCCUCUCCCGGUAUGUCCCAUGGAGGACCUUAAGGUCCAUAAAUAGCUACACCCUAGAGGUCCUGGGCCCUAAGGAAGUUAGAUUAGCCUCAACCAGAGCCAGGGCCUUUUCAGCUCUGGCUCCGGCCUGGUGGAACGCUCUGUCUCAUGAGACGAGGGCCCUGCAGGAUCUGAUUUCUUUCCACAGGGCCUGUAAGACAGAGUUGUCCCACUUGGCCUUUGGCUUGGAGUCAAUUUGAUUCCCUCCCCCUCUUUGUUUUUCCUUUUUCCUUCUGUGAUGAGGCUGCAUUUUAAUGUUUUAAUGUUGUACAGUGGUAACUUGGGUUACAUACGCUUCAGGUUACAUACGCUUCAGGUUACAGACUCCACUAACCCAGAAAUAGUACCUCGGGUUAAGAACUUUGCUUCAGGAUGAGAACAGAAAUCGUGCUCCGGCGGCAGCGGGAGGCCCCAUUAGCUAAAGUGGUGCUUCAGGUUAAGAACAGUUUCAGGUUAAGAACGGACCUCCGGAAUGAAUUAAGUACUUAACCUGAGGUACUACUGUAUUUUAAUCUUGUUUUUUAAGUUGCAUUUCAAUCAACUUGUUUUUUAUUGGUUGUUAGCUGCCCUGAGCCCGGUCUUGGCUGGGGAGGGCGGGGUAUAAAUAAAAUUUAUUAUUAUUAUUAUGGGCAUGGAUAGCUCAGCUUGUUAAAGCAUGGUGUUGAUAACACCAAGGUUGCAGGUUCGAUCCCCAUACGGAACAGCAGCAUAUUCCUGCAUGGCAGGGGGUUGGACUAGAUGAUCCUCAGGGUCCCUUCCAACUCUACGAAUCUAUUAUUCUUUCUUUCUUCCUCUCCCCAACUCUGCUCUCUCUCUCUCUCACACACACACACACACGAGAGAGAGAGAGAGAGAGAGAGAGAGAGAGAGAGAGAGAGACUCUUGGCUUGGGGUGGGGGACGCGCAAAGGGCAAUGGGCGCUCCGACUGGGACGCCCCUUCCCACUGGGCCCAACCGUCUCCCUCCCUGCCAAGCGGAGCCCGCGCUCCACAACAAUGGGAAGCGGGGAGGCGCGCGGGCGGCCCCCUCAAUUAGGAGAGCCGUAAUGAAAUUAAAAACCAUUAGAUCGUUCACCGUUGAUGUCUGCGGCUCUCCGGGAUGUCAGAGCCGAUUUGGCUAAACCCCCCGGAUGAGAGGGGCUUUGCGAGCAGCCCUGACGUCCCGAGGCCCCUGGCUGGCGCAGGCCCCGCGGGGCAGCCUGCGUCUCCCUGUCGCCAGAAUCGACGGCAAUCAUUGUCAGGAGGGAGGAGGAGAAGGGACGGGCGGGCGGGACCGAUACGCUCCCGGUCUCCUCCUCCUCGCCCCUGGAGAUUAGGCUUUGGGGAGCGCCGGAGAUCUGCGGGACUUGGGUCGGCUUGGAAGGCUGGGGCCGGGUGGGGAGAGGCGCUCGGGAGGUCCUUCCGACGGGCACCCCCCCUCCUUCGGCAUUCCUUUCAAAGGACAAUGGGGAGAUGGAGGGGAAGGAUGGGAGGAAGAGAUGGGGUCAGGCGCCCUGGCGCAUUCGUUAACCCCAUGCCAAAUGCCCAUCCUGCGUUCUGGCCUUCGCUCGCCUUUGGUCAAUUUCCCCCUGUUCUGUUUUGUAUGUGUGUGAGAGACAGUUAUUGCAAUUACUAUUAUUUUAACACGGAAGCAAAAAAUUCUAAAGCAACUGCCUAUGACGAAAGAAACGAAAACAGAAGCCUUUAGCAAAUUGUUGUUGUUUUCGAUUUUUUAAAUAUUGUGUUUCAAUAUUAAUACUGCAUUUUAAUUGUUGCAACCCACCCUGGGACCUUAGAGUGAAGGAAGGCAAUAAAUUGUAAUACUGAUGAUGAUGAUGAUAAUAAUAAUAAUAAUACUUUUGUUCUGGUUUUUAUUAUAUGUUUUGUGUUUUUAUCUUGUAUUUUUAUGCUGUGAACCACCUUGAGAUCUGAGGAUGAAGGGCGGUAUACAAAUUUUAAUAAUAAUAAUAAUAAUAAUAAUAAUAGGUUGUAUCUAAUGUUAGUCCUGCUCUGAAAUUAACAGAAUGAAUGACUAACUUAGGUUUAUUAAUUCCAGUGGCUCCAGCUGAGUAGAGCUUAAAUUGAAUACAACACAGUGUAGAAGAAUAAUACAAGCAACCACAAGCAUAUAUUCUGAUGCAGUUACAUACCAGGAGACAAAGGGAAACAGAAGCCUUUAGGACAUAUAUUUAUGUAUUACUCAGACAUAUUCACAAGCAAACACUCUGAUGCAACAAUGUACCAAGAUAGAAAUGAAAUCAAGGCUUUAGGAAUCCCCUUAAACGAAAUGCCUGUAGGUGGUAUUCAGUGCCAAUCUUACUCAGAGUAGACUCAUUCAGGUUAGUGGACAUGACUGGUUUAGGCUCAUUAAUUUCGAUGGAUGUACUCUGAAUAGGACUUAGUUGAAUACAAUCCUGGGUAAACAGGAGUGAUUUCAGACUCCCUUACCUGAUGGUGUCAAUGGGAGUUGCUAACUAGUUACUACUUAGGCAAGUAUUUACUAUUAUUUAUUUGUUUCUUUACUCAUACAAAUGGCCCAGAGCAAGUCACAAACACCAAAACAGUUGUUCCCAAAUCUCAGCCCCCCUUCCCACAAACCACUUGAAGAUUUCCAAGGGUCUUAGCAGACUGCUUGAUGAUUUUUCUCCCUGUUUUAGCAAUUGUGCUAGAGGCUGUAUGGCUUUUAAUUUCAUCUUAAUUGUUUCUUAUAAAUUAUAUUUUGAUUUUACUACACUUGGAAUCCCACAGAACUGCAACUGUAACACAAUACAGGAAAGAAAAGAGCCGAUCAAAAUGCAAUUAAAAACCACUGUGAUUUUUUUUUUAACUGGGAAGACAUGCUGUCUCCCAUUUUCUGCUAUGAAUCCAGGCAGACCCUCUGAAUGAUAGCUGGUGGUCUGCGGACCACAGUUUGGAAAACCCUGGUUUAUCAAAUAAUGCCAUUAAUGGUGGCUUUCUGCAUGGAGUUUCAUCACAGGGUAACUUGUUUUGCAGCCCCCCCCCACCCCAGAAUUUGCUGCAUUUCCAAUUUCCCAAUGUAUCCUGAUUAGGGUACUUGUUGUGCUCUGUCUGAUGCCAGAAGAGAAGACUAUUGAUGGCUACUAAUUCAGCCAGGUAGCCCUGGUGAUUAUCUAAUGCUUAUUAGAUGGAUUUCCCCUAAAUUGAUUUCUGAACUUUGAAUUUUAUUGUUAUUCAUGUUUUUAUACUGUAUUUUAUGCUGCUUUUACAAUUAAGUGUUUUAAAUUUGUUGUUAGCUGCCCUGAGCCCGGUUUUUGAACCGGGAAGGGUGUGGUAUAAGUAAAUUAUUAUUAUUAUUAGGCAUGGCUAUGCUCUGCCUCCACAAUACCAGUUGCUGGAAACUGCGGAAGGGGGGAAAUAAUAGAAUUGUAGAGUUGGAAGGGACCCUGAGGAUCAUCUAGUCCAACCCCCUGCAAUGCAGGGAUAUGCAGCUGUCCUGUAUGGGGAUCGAACCUCCAACCCUUGAGUUAUCAGCACCAUUCUCUAACCAACUGAGCUAUCCUCCUUACUAGUUUCCCACAGGCAUGUGGUUGGCCUCUAUGACAACAGGAUGCUGGGCUAUAUGGGCCAUUGGCCUCACCCAGCAGGUUCUUCUUAUGUUCUUACAAUGUCUCCUCCUUCUUCCCUUCUAGAUCAUCCUCAACUCCAUGCACAAAUACCAGCCCAGACUCCAUAUCGUCAAGGCAGAUGAGAACAAUGGGUUUGGCUCAAAAAACACAGCCUUCUGCACCCACGUCUUUCCAGAGACGGCCUUUAUCGCUGUGACGUCCUACCAGAAUCACAAGGUAAAUGAUGGUGCCUUUGGAAAUAUCUUCUUGGAAAUUGGAACAUGGCUGAGGCAGAGUCCAGCAUCCUCCUCUCAUGGUGGCCAACCAGAUGCCCCAAUGGGAAGCCCAAGCAGGACCCAAGCCCAAGAGCAUGCUCCCUUGCUGUGGUUUCCAGCAACUGCUACUCAGAAGCAUUACUCCCUCCAUCUGUGGAGCAGAGCAUAACCAUCAUGGCCAUCAGUAUCCUUGCCCUUCAUACGGUAAUUUUUUCUGCCUUGAAUGUUCCAGCAUUCAGCUUCAGCGAAUGCCCGUGAUUGCUAGCAUUUGGGCGAUACGUGAUGUUGCAGUGCAUGAUUGUUUUUGUUUUAAGAAGGCUUCCUUUUUGUUUUUAGGCCAAUCUCUUUGGCCCAGAUGACGGACCGUUGUCAGAAUAAUAAUAAUAAUAAUAAUAAUAAUAAUAAUAAUAAAUUAUUUGUACCCCACCCAUCUGGCCGGGCCUCCCCAGCCACUCUGGGUGGCUUCCAACAAAUAUUAAAAAUACACUAAAAUGUCACACAUUAAAAACUUCCCUAAACAGGGCUGCCUUCAGAUGUCUUCUAAAUGUCAGGUAAUUGUUUAUCUCUUUGACAUCUGAUGGGAGGGCGUUCCACAGGGUGGGCACAACUGCCGAGAAGGCCCUCUGCUUGGUUCCCUGUAGCUUUGCUUCUCUCAGUGAGGGAACUGCCAGAAGGCACUGGAUCUCAGUGUCUGGGCAGAACGAUGGGGGUGGAGACGCUCCUUCAGGUAGACUGGGCCAAGGCCGUUUAGGGCUUUAAUGGUCAGCACCAACACUUUGAAUUGUGCUCGGAAACGUACUGGGAGCCAAGGUAGGUCUUUCAGGACCAGUGUUAUGUGGUCUUGGCGGCCGUUCCCAGUCACCAGUCUAGCUGCUGCAUUCUGGAUUAGUUAUGGUUUCUGGGUCACCUUCAAAGAUAGCCCCACGUAGAGCGCAUUGCAGUAGUCCAAGAAUGAACAACCCCCCCCCCGACUAUCUUCCUUCUGCUUUCUCUUUUCAGAUCACUCAGCUCAAGAUUGAAAACAACCCCUUUGCGAAAGGAUUUCGAGGCAGCGACGAUAUGGAGCUUCAUAGAAUGUCGAGGAUGCAAAGGUAAACAUUUUCACAGUGUAUAAUGAACUGGGAACCUUCUUCAGCCUGAGGGUCACAUUGCACCCUGAGCCAGCUUCUGAGGGUCACAUGUCUGUGGUGGGUGGGGCCAGAGGGAAAAGAGGGUGGAGCCAAUAGGUUAGGGCAGUGCUUCUUUUCUAAAAAAACAAAUGUUUAGGGGUACUCUCAUUUUCCUACUCAUAUUGAAAUGCUGCCCCCCAAUGAGGCCAAACUUAGAUUCACAAAAUGUUUAGGGGUAUGCGUACCGCUGUGUCCCCCCAGAAAAAAAGCGCUGGGUUAGGGUCCAUCCACACUUCCGCUUGUCUGGUCUGGAAAACUCCUCCCUAGUGAUAAAUUGGUGCGAACCCAAGUUGCCCUUUGCUCUGAUUGACCGCUAUACAGCCGUUUCCACUGGGUGAAAGCAGAAGGACAAGAGGAAGUCUGGGAAAGCCCUUACCUUCUACAGAUGCUAUAUCCUGCAUCUAGGCAAGCAAGAGGCAUUGUUGGAGUGGAAGGAUGCAUCCCAUCCAGACAAACACAUUUGCUGAAAAGAGCCUGCUGGAUCAGGUCAGUGCCCACCUGAUACAGCAUCCUGUUCUCACAGACAGUAGCCAUUGACAGUCUAAUCUUCCAUGAGGUUGUUUCUUUCUCUUUCAAAGACAUCCAAGGUGGCAGUCAUCAUUGCUACCUCUUGAGGAAGUGAGUUCCAUAGUUCUACUAUGCACUGCAAUGGAGAAGUCCUCUGUUGUACAGUGGUACCUCGGGUUAAGAACUUAAUUCGUUCUAAGCUCUUCUAAUGUUCUUAUGCCUCAAUGCCUCUUAUGCCUCAGUAUGCCUUCUAAUGUUCUUAUGCCUCAGUGUUCUUAUGCCUCAAUAUAUAUAUAGUGGUACCUCGGACCACUAUAGAACUAUAAGAACUUAAUUCAUUCCAGAGGUCCAUUCUUAACCUGAAACUGUUCUUAACUAGAAGACCAUUUUAGCUAAUGGGGCCUCCUGUUGCCGCCGCGCCGCCGGAGCACGAUUUCUGUUCUCAUCCUGAAGUAAAGUUCUUAACCCGAGGUACAAUUUCUGGGUUAGCGGAGUCUGUAACCUGAAGCAUCUGUAACCUGAAGUGUCUGUAAGCCAAGGUACCACUGUAUCUGUCCCGAAUCUUUCAACAUGAAUGUCUGUGUUCUCAUGGUAUGAGAGAGGGAGAAAAAACUUUUCUCUAUCUGCUUUCUCCAUGCCAUGCACAAUUCUAUCAUGUCACCUCUUUCUUGCCUUCUCUCUAAAUGGAAAACUCCCCAGCGCUGUAGCCUUUCUUCAAAGGGUGCCACUAGAUCCCCUUGAUCAUUUGGAAGAAUAUCCCUUCGAUAGUCAACUAAGUUUCAUUUUCUUCAUAAAUUGGAGACAGAAUUCAUUGUGACUUAAUUGGACACACAAUUCUGCCUUUACAAAUCUCUCUCUCUCUUUCUCUCUCUGUGUAUUUAUGUAAUGGAUAAGGCUCCUAAAAUAUGAACAGUUUUUUAAAAAAAUUAUGAACAGGUGGUCAUCUCCAACUUCAACUUGCUCCCGACAUAAAUGUAACAAUGAGAUUCUGGAUGCGACAUGCAAAGGCAGCCAGGAGUCUUGGCUCUCAGACUGUGCCUCUUUUUCUCAGACAGAGAAGAGCACAUGUUUCUAAUCGGCGUAAAUGCUCUGUCUUCCCUUGUAUAUAUAUUUAUAGGUCCCGAUCAUUUCCCUUUUCUGAGAGGGAUGUUUUUGUGAGAUGAUAGCCAUGCUCAGGACUUUGUCAGCACAGCUGGGAAACGUAUGAGAAGAACCUCCUUUCCCCUCACCGACUAAUUCUGCUAUAUAUGCCAUGAGCGCAGUAAUGGGGAAGGGCCAUAGCUCAGCAGUAGAGAAUCUGCCUUGCAUGCGGAAGGUUGCAGGUUCAAUCCUUGGCAUUUCCGGGUAGGGCUUGAAAAGUCUUCCUGUCUGAAAUUCUGGGAAGCCUCGGCCUGUCAUUGUAGACCAGGGUUUCCUACAACUCUCAGCAUCACUAGCUAGCAGGACCAGUGGUCAGGGAUGAUGGGGGCAGCAGUCCAAAAACAGCUGGAGACCCAAGUUUGGGAAACCCUGGUGUGGACAGUACGCAGCUAGAUAGGCCAAUAGUCUGACUCAGCACAGGGCAGCUGCCUAUUUAUUUCAGUCCUUUACUCAAAACAAUGUGUACUAGAAUCUGACAUUCAUUUUUGGGGAAGGAGGCGAUAGUGUACAGUGGUACCUUGGGUUAAGAACUUAAUUCGUUCCGGAGGUCCAUUCUUUACCUGAAACUGUUCUUAACCUGAGGUACCAGUUAGCUAAUGGGGGCCUCCCGCUGCCACUGCGCCGCUGCCACACGAUUUCUGUUCUCAUCCUGAAGCAAAGUUCUUAACCCAAGGUACUAUUUCUGGGUUAGCAGAGUCUGUAACCUGAAGCGUCUGUAACCUGAAGCGCCUGUAACAGGUACCACUGUAAUGAGUAGAACACCUGCUUUGCAUUCAGCAGGUCCCCGGUUCAAGCCACAGAAUCUCCAGGCACGACCAUGUGCAUUCUCUGGAGAGCUGCUGCCAUUCAGUGUCGACAAUCCUGAGCUAGAAGGCCUGACUCUGGCAGCUUCUCCCACAACUAGGGCAUGGGCUUUGCUUCUAGAAAGCUGCCAUAUUACCAGGCAUGCCCUCUUGCCCCAGCAGUUGAGGGGCUGGCACCACACGACGUGCGACGAGUCACACACAUGCCGUGCUGCUUGCGCAAGUGACAUGCGUACAUAUCACUGCAGAUUAUUGAGGGCCCUGGCCCCCUCCUGGGAAAAAAUUGGGGGUCCUUGGUCCCACCCUAGAUGGUGCCCUUGCAUAUUACUGACUCAGUCCCAUUAGUACCUUUAGCUCAGUAUUCUUGACACUGACUGGCAGCAACUAUCUGGGAUUUCAGGAAGAGUUUCAUUCCCAGCCCUGCCUUCAGCUGAUGGAGAUUGAAGCUUCAACCUUCUGCAUGCAAAGCAGAUGCUCUGUCACUGAGCUGUAGCUAUUAUUAUUAUUAUUAUUAUUACUAUAUCAUAGAAACAUUGAGUUGGAAGGGACUACGAGGAAUCUUUUGCCCAAUGUGUAUCAAGCCACUUUAAACAACCCUGGCUUUUCCUAAAUUACAUUCAUAGUGGUUUAAUAUUCAAUCCCUUUUCCCAGGGAGCUCUGCGAAUUAUAGCUCUGGGAGGGAAAUGGGCGUCCCCCAAAUAACUCUCAGCAUCCAUCAAAAUUUAUUUACACUGUUGAGUUUAUCUUAAUGGUACCAGCGUUUUUAAAUAAACAUAAUUUUCACCCAUAUAUUCAAUAAACAUUUUCCAGUCUUCUUUAAACGCAUGUUCUUCUUGUUCUCUUAUUCUGUAUGUUAAAUCUGCAAGCAGUGAGUAUUCCAUCUGUUUAUGUUGCCAUUCUUCUUUGAUUGGGACCUCGCUCGUUUUCCAUUUUUUGGCUAGCAGAACACGGGCUGCAGUAGUAGCAUACAUAAAUAAUCUUUUUUGAUACCUGGGAAUUUCGCUCUGAAUUAUCCCCAACAAAAAAAGACUCUGGGGGUUUUUUUUUGGAAAGGUACUUUUAAACAUCCCCCCCCCAAUUCAUUAUAUAUCAUUUCCCAAUACUCUUUUACCCUUUUACAAGUCUACCACAUAUGGUAAAACGUACCCUCAACCUCAUUACAUCUCCAGCACUUACCUGAUUCGGACUUAUACAUUUUAGCAAAUCUACUUGGAGUUAAAUGCCAUCUAUAAAUGAAUUGAAAUGCUAACUCUUAGCACCCUUAACAAGCUAUAUCGUUCCCAGGAUCCUUUGAAGGAAGCCAUGACCAUUUAAAGUGGAAUCAUAGUGCUUUAAAGGUAUAGUGCAGACAGGGCCAGAUUUAGGUUUGAUGAGGCCCUAAGCUACUGAAGGUAAAGGGGCCCUUUAUAUGUCCAGCUGUCCUUUGUCAACAACAAAUUGUCGCUGUUUUUUGUGUUGAAUAUAUGCUAUAUGGUAAUUUACGGACCUAAUGCUGUUUUAGGGGUUGUUUUUAAAAGUCUGGAAUGGAUUAAUCCAUUUUGCAUUACUUUCCAUGGGAAAGCGUGCCUUGAUUUUGGAAGGCUUUGGUUUUGGAACAGACUUCCGGAAUGGAUUACAUUUGAGAACCAAGGUACCACUGCAUAUAGAAAUGAGCAAACCAGUGAUAUUUUAGGGAGCAGGCUAGCAGGCGGGGCCCAUUACUUACAUCAUAGGAGCCUAAAGGUAAAGGGACCCCUGACCAUUAGGUCCAGUCGUGACCAACUCUGGGGUUGCGGCGCUCAUCUCACUUUACUGGCCGAGGGAGCUGGCGUACAGCUUCUGGGUCAUGUGGCCAGCAUGACUAAGCCUCUUCUGGCGAACCAGAGCAGCCUACACAACACAAAACACUGUUGAAGUGUGUAGGUUUUAUUUCAUUUGUUUUUUAUCUUCUAUUUUGGAAAUGUACAUCCAGUUGUUUUCCCUUUAAAUUUUUUGGGAGUCCCCAAGAGAGUGGGGCCCCAAGCAAUAGCUUGUUUAGCUUAUACGUAAAUCCGGCACUGUAAGCUUACUGUAAGCCAACCCAGAAGUAGCAGGGUAUACUGAGUGCAGAUAGAGUAUAAGUAACUGAUGAAAACAUUGCCUGUGUUUUCAGCAAGGAGUACCCAGUGGUUCCCAGAAGCACUGUCCGGCAGAAGGUGGCUUCCAACCACAGCCCUUUCAGCGGUGAGAACCGGGCGCUGCCUGCCUCUUCCAACCUCGGGUCUCAGUUCCAGUGUGAGAACGGCGUUUCCAGCACUUCCCAGGACCUGCUACCAGCUGCCAACUCGUACCCCGUGUCGCAGGACCACGGCCAGAUUUACCACUGCACCAAGAGAAAAGGUCAGGCCCUUUGAGCAAACCUCACCUUCCUGGAAGAGAAAUUAGGUCCGCUUUCCCUUUUAGAGGCAAAUCUAUCCAAUUGGCACUCCCCCAAACAAUACAGGAAUCAAAUCGCACCUGCCCUUUCAGAGCCAAAUUUCGCGACACAGAUUCCCGAAGCAAACAGUGUUUACAAAGAUGCAUGGGUUAGGGGCAAGUACUUAAAACAAGGAAUAUUUUAUGGAAAAUAACAUACAAAAAGGCAUUACAUUAGGGGAAACUGCUUGCGAAAAUGUGUACCUUACUCAAAGAUGCAUGCCAAAAUUAAAUUAUCUACUGUAUUAUUUUAUUAUUUGUUAAUCUUAUUAGUAGCUCUUUUUUUUUUUUACAAAAGUAAUUCAAAGUGACUUACAAGAAAUACACAACAUACCGACGUCAAAACCAGCAUAAAGAAAAACAGAGAAAAAACACAGAAAUGUGUUUAUUAGGAGACCUUCUCACUAAAACGGUGAAUUUCCAUGAGGAUUUCUUAAAUAUAGUAAACAAGUUGCAAAUUGAUGCAGGAAUGUAGAGAAAAUCCAAUAUUAGAAAAAAAAUGAGAAACCAAUAAAGACUGAAAUGGGCAGAUCCCUCUUCUUUGGGUGGCAGAGAGUCCUUGGCAUUUAUUUAUUUAUUGAGUCCAUAUUACGGAUCUCUUCUGCCUGUUUAAUGACUAUAGGGAUGGCUCGUGAUGGCUAAGAACAGGAGGAGAAAUUUGGUUUGGUUUGCCCUUUGAAGUGAACCUAUCUAAUUUGUGCUUCUUGGAACAGUAUACAAACUGAAAAUUCACACUUCUCUGAAUUUUGCAGUGCCGUUUCCCAAGCAGUGGUACCUCGGUUUAAGAACAGUCCUGUUUAAGAACAAUUCGGUUUACGAACUCCGCAAAACCGGAAGUAGUGUACCAGUUUGUGAACUUUACCUCGGUCUAAGAAUGGAAUCUGAACGGUGGGAGGGCACUGGCGGCGGGAGGCCUCAUUAGGGAAAGCAGACCUCAGUUUAAGAACAGUUUUGGUUUAAGAACGGACUUCCAGAACAGAUUAAUUUCGUAAACCGAGGUACCACUGUAUUGUGUGCAAAAAAUGUGUGUUUUUGGGGAAAGUGUGCGUAGAAGUGCACACGUAUCAGGGAAGAUAAUGUACAAAAAUGCAUUUUGUUAGAGGCUAUAUCGCCUGUCAAAAUGUUUUUGUUAGGGAAAAUUGCAGGCGGAUUGCAUAGCAAAACAAUAAUUGCAUACAAAAUUCCAUCCAAUUCCCAAACUCCAUACAAUAUCCGGCCCAUUCCAAAAUUUCCCAUUGCAUGCCAUUCUAAAAUUCCGCGCAGUUGCAGACAGUUCUUGGGAAGUUCCUUUGCAUACAAAAGCCUUCCCUUCCGAUGGGCAGGCAAAUUGUGUACAAAACGGUGUAUUAGGAGAUGCACUCUGAAAUGCUGGUGGAUUAUUGUGAGACCUUAAAAAAAACGGAUGCGGAAAUGCAGCAAACAUAAUUUCAGACUGGAGAAAAAGAGAAAUGGAAAGAAAUCAGAGUGGACAGGCUUGUACAUUCACAGUGAUGACUGCCUCCCGCACCCCCUGCCCUCUGUAGCAUGCACUAGUAUACAUGUAUUUGCAACAGAAACAAGACAUCAUUCCAACUCCCUCAUCCUCCCACCAACCAGUGCUUCAUUUCUCCAAUUUGAACUUUAGUCCAUCUCCAUAGGAAGCUGCCUUAUUACUGAGUCCAUCUAGCAUUGUCUACCAAGAAGCAACAGCCAUGACCCAGUUGUGGGGGGAAAUGCAGAACACCAGUAAUUUAUCCAACCAGAGAUAGCAAGCAUAGAAAGCUGCCUGAGUCAGACCACUGUUCCAUCUAGCUCAGUAUGGUUGACACUGACUGGCAGCGGCUCUGCAGAGUUUCAGACAAGGGAGCCUCUCCCCACCCUAUCUGGCGAUGUCGGAGACUGGACCCAGGACCUUCUGCCUGCAAGCAGAUGCUUAACCGUGGAGCUACUGGCCUCCACUUUCCCCUUCUCCCCCACUCUUUCCAUUUCUCUGGCUGCUUUUCCCAUUGGCCGCUAUUCCGGCAAUUUCAGUCUGCAUUAUUGAAGAGCAGCAUAGAUGAAACCCAGAGAGAUGGCCGCAUAGUUCUAUAGAAGCUGAAUCCACAUCCAGGGAGAUAGCUGGUGCCUGGGAUAAAGAUAGCUUAUCAGGCCAGGAGGCCUCUGAAAAGGAUUGAGGAUUAAUACAAACGCUUAAAUAGCUGAUGCAAGGUUAUUCCGAGGGGUGAAAUUUACUGCUAUUUCAAGAGACUACACAGGCUCUUUUGACCACUAGCUCACAUGGGAUUCAAGAGCAAUGUUUUGACAUUGGGCCAUUCAUUUAUUUUCUUUAACAACUUGAAAGUUCCCAGUAUUCAUUUUUUUUUAUGAAGUAGAUUUAUUAUUAUUAAAAUAAUAACAUUAAUAUCCAGGGUUACAGACAAUCAGUUCAAAGAAACAAAGCUCCAGCAAUCCCAUACACCCUUAAUAAGCUAGGAGUAGAUCUAGACCUCCUUCUGAGCAGAUAAUAUAGGUACAAUUACAACAUAAGCAUAUAUUCAAUUUAACUGUUUCUUUUUAUAUAUUUGUAUUUUAAAAUAGAUUUAUACGUUAGUUGGCCAAAUAACUUUCUAAGCAUUGUACACAGUAAUUAAACACAUCUAAAAUCCACAUCACUGUUCAAAAGAAAAUUGGCAUAAAAUAAUUAUCAUGAAAAAACAGGAAUUAAAUCAGUGAACCUUUUAAAAUGACAAUAUCGAUGUCAAGUCUGGGUAGGCUUGCUGAAAUAAAAAAUGCUUUUCAGCAGGCAUCUAAAACAGUAAGGGCACCUGCCUAAUGUCAAUUGUUGUUUUCGAAAACCCAUGAAUUUUGCAGCAACAGCAUAAGAACAGAAGAAGACCCUGCUGGAUAAGGCCAAUGGCCCAUCCAGUCCAGCUUCCUGUAGACAACCAGAUGACUAUGGGAAACCCACAAGCAGGACCCAAGCACAAGAGCAUUACCCCCUGUGGUUUCCAGCAACGGGCAUUCAGAAGCAUUGCUGCCUCCAGCUGUGAAGGCAGAGCAGAGCCAUCAUGGCAACCAGCAAUUUAUAUCUUCCAUGAAUUUGUCCAAUCCUCUUUUCAAGGCAUCCAAGUUGGCAGCCAUCACUGCCUCCUGGGGAAGGCAAAUCCAUGAGAAGGCUAUCCAUGGCUCCAAGGCAUGAUGGCUCUGCUCUGUUUCCACAGUCAAAACCACGGAUGCUUCUGAAUACCAGUUUCUGGAAUAAUAAUAAUAGAAUAAUAAUUUAUUAUUUAUACCCCGCCCAUCUGGCUGGGUUUCCCCAGCCACUCUGGGCGGCUUCCAACAGAAUAUUAAAAUACAAUAACCUGUUAAACAUUAAAAGCUUCCCUAAACAGGGCUGCCUUCAGAUGUCUUCUAAAAGUCUGGUAGUUGUUUUUCUCUUUGACAUCUGGUGGGAGGGCGUUCCACAGGGCGGGUGCCACUACCAAGAAGGCCCUCUGCCUGGUUCCCUGUAGCUUUGCUUCUCGCAGUGAGGGAACCACCAGAAGGCCCUCGGCGCUGGACCUCAGCGUCCAGGCAGAAUGAUGGGGGUGGAGAUGCUCCUUCAGGUAUACUGGGCCGAGGCCGUUUAGGGCUUUAAAGGUCAGCACCAACACUUUGAAUUGUGCUCAGAAACGUACUCGUGCUUGGAAACCAUGAAGGGAGGGGGGUGAAUUCAGAUUCUGCUUGCAAGCAUCCCACAGACAUCUGGUUGGCCACUGUGAGAAUUGAAUGCUGGGCGAGAUGGGCCAUUGGGCUGAUCCAGCAGGAUCUUCUCAUAAUCUUGUGAGUAUGAAUGGGGUGCUGGGACAGAUGGACAUUGGAGUCAGAAACAAAUGGAGGGUGGCAGGUUGGCAAAGGACAGUUUGGGGCAGUUUAGGCCUGCCCUUUCAUUGAGUGCUCCACACCCAAGAAGCAUGGGCCUGCAUACACGCUAUCUCUGUAAUGGUUGUGACUUCUCCCAAAGAACUGUAGCUGGCUCUUUCCUGAACUACAUAUUAUUAUUAUUAUUAUUAUUAUUAUUAUUACCCUGCCCAUGUGACUGUGUUGCCCCAGCCACUCUGGGCAGCUUCCAACAUAUAUAAAAACAUUCAACAUUACACAUUAAAAAGCUUCCCUAAACAGGGCUGCCUUCAGAUGUCUUCUAAAGGUUAUAGAGUUAUUCAUCUCCUUGACAUCUGAUGGGAGGGCGUUCCACAGGGCAGGUGUCACUACCAAGAAGGCCCUCUGCCUGGUUCCCUGUUACUUCACUUCCCAUGCCAGAAAGCCCUCGGAGCUGGAUCUCGGUGUCUGGACUGAACGAUGGGGUGGAAACGCUCCUUCAGCUAUACAGGGCCGAGGCCGUUUAGGACUUUGAAUUGUGCUCCCUCAACAAACUACAGUUCCGGGAUUCCUGGGGAGAAGCCAUGUGCUUUAACUGUGUGGUGUGUGCACCCACCCAGCCAUCAUCUACAGAAUAUCAUGCUGUGGCAAACCUAUUCCACUUAAACAGUCCCACUUGACUGCCUCUAUAUAGAUAUGCAAUGCAACCCUUCCUUAUCCACUGUCUGCUGCCCUUCCCCAAAAAAGCAUCCCAAACCGAGCCGUAACAGCAAAGAGGAUGGCCCAAACUCUGAUUACGGCCCUGGUCACAGGGAGGCAAUCCAUCAUCUGUCUCCCAACAUGGCAGCGUGAUAAAGAAUCAACAGAGUUUUCCUUCCAGGGUUGGGAUUCCCACUGAGUGGGUGGCUCUUUGUGGCUCCCUUCCUCUCCCCUCUCCCACUUUAUCUAAUUUCCUCAUAUUGUCACAGGCAGGAGGACUAUCUCUCCCAUGGUGUUCUCUCUCCCUGCCCCCCCCAAAGCCUCUUGCAGCAUGCCCAGCUCUGUGAGAUGACCGAGGGAGGGGUGUGUGCGUGCAGGGGAGAGCCUUGUCUCCUUCCUAUCUCCCCAAUAGCUCAAGCUUGAUGGGCAGAGGAGGGCUCAUUUAUCAAAGCUGCCACAUGCUUUGAUCGCUGACAAGAGACCUUCCAGCACAGUCUGUAAAUCGGGAUGGGGCAUCUCCAGGGCGUGAGCUGGCUUCUCCUGGCUGAAAUUUUCGGCUUUGCUAGAUCAAAAGCAAUCCACUACAUUGGCAAGCGGGUGGCAGGAAAAGGCAGGAUUUAUGGAACUAGCAAAAAGUACAUAGGCACAUAGGAAGCUGAUGAUGAUAUUUAUAUUUAUUUAUUAUUCUUAUGUUGUUGUUGUUGCUGUUGUUUACUACCUGCCCUUCACUGUAAAGCCCCAGGGUGAGUUGCCACAUUUAAAACCCAACGCUGGAAACAAUUUAAACUUACAAUCACAAAAUUAAAUACAGGGUGCAAAAUACAUUGCUAGAAAUAGAACAUGUUCUUUCAUACCCACACCAAGGAAAUUUUACUGAAUCAGGCCACGGGUCUGUGCAGCUCAGUAUUGUCUGUACGAAGGGCAGGGAAUCUUUUUUGGCCCAAGGGCUGCACCCCCUUCUGGGCAACCUUCUGGGGGCCACAUGUGCAUGGUGGGUGGGGCCAGAGGCAAAGGUGAGUGGAGAUAUGCAGGCCAAAUUUACCUUUAUGCUGUAGGUUUCUACAUCCACCCACCAGUCAGAGAUAAGCACCCUAUCUAGGGAAGGAAGAUGCAUGAUCAGAGUUCAAGGACGUAUUCCAGCCAGGAGGAAAGCGCUCAGGGAGUGUAUGAAGGAAAGGUGGUGAGGGGUGUGUGGCCUGUGGAGACCCCCAAGGGCCAGGCAAAGAUCUGCAGGGGCUACAUUCAGGGGCGUAGCAAGGGGGUUGCAAUAGGUGCAGCCUGCCCCAGGUGUCCCCACUGCGGGGGGUGACAAAAUGGUGGGCGGCACUCACCGCAGGGUCUGCAGCACACCCAAGCCAUGUGUCUCUUCUGGGAGUGACGCAGAGGCUUGAGCACCCACAGGCUCUGCUCUGCCCCAAACAGUCUGCCCGUUGCCUCCCCCUCAGCUGUAGGGCGGCUGAGUGGGAGGAGGCAGGCAGACUCUUCAGAGGCCCCCCAGUGCCCCCUUGGGUGGCUGGCCCCACCCCUGCCCCCGUGCGCAGGGCAUGCAUGCCGCCCCAAGUGCCUGAUCAGCUUGCUCUUCCACUGAGGUUCUACACAGACUAGCAGCAACCCUCCAGGAUUUUAAGCAGGGGGUCUCUCCCAUCCCUACCUGGAGAUUGAAUCUGGAAGACCUCAUGUGUACAGAGCAGUUGCUCUAACCACUGAACAACACUGCAGCAUAUCAUAACCAUUCCUAUGUAAAAAGGGCUUGCGCCUUUGCAUAGCAAGGUCUGGAGGCUCAGUUCCUUUUUUUAAAGUUAAAGGAUCUCAGGUAGCCACAUUGGGAAAGGCGUGCUACAAGUCAAAAAAAGCAGUACAGUGGUACCUUGGUUUGCAACUGCUUUGGAUUACAACCAUUUUAGAUUACAACCACGUCAAACCUGAAAGUGCGUGUCUUUUUUUUUGGAUUACAACGGAUUUUUUGGGGGGAGGCCCCAUUGGCGAAUGAACGCCUUGGGUUACAACCUGUUUUGGUUUACAACCGGAGCGGAUUAUGGCUGUAAACCAAGGUACCACUGUAAUGAGAGGGAUCAGCUAUGAUCAUAUAUGUUCACACAGGGAUGUAUGUACAGUGGUACCUCGGGUUAACUUAAUUCGUUCUGGAGGUCCAUUCUUAACCUGAAACUGUUCUUAACCUGAGGUAUCACUUUAGCUAAUGGCCCUCCCGCUGCCGCCACGCCACCGCCGCACGAUUUCUGUUCUCAUCCUGAAGCAAAGUUCAUAACCCGAGGUACUAUUUCUGGGUUAGUGGAGUCUGUAACCUGAAGCGUCUGUAACCCGAGGUACCACUGUAGCCUGUAUCCAGAAUAAAAAAUCUACAGCAAGGUAGCCCAAAUUCAACAUGGAUCCAGUUAGUGCCGUCUUGUGACUGUAACAUGGUUUUCAUGCAGUGAAUAGUUAAACUAGGGAACUCACUGCCAAAGGAAGCAGUGAUAGCCACCAUAGUGGAUGGCUUUUGAUAGCAACUAGCCAUGAUAGCUGUGCUCUGGCUUCACUCUCUGACGUAGUCAUGUUUCUGAAUACCAGUUGCUGGAAACAACAGGAGGGGAGAGGGCUCUUGUGCUCAGGUCCAGCUUGCGGGCUUCCCAUUGAGAUGUCUGAUUGGUCACUGUUGAGGACAGGAUGCUGGAAUAGAUGGGCCAUUGGCCUGUUCCAAGAGGCUCUUCUUAUGUUAUAUGUUAACAUGGGAUGCUGCCUUAUACUGAGUUAAACCCUUUGGUCCAUCGAGCUCAGUAUUAUCUGCACUGACUGGCAGCAUCUCUUCAGGCUUGAACCUGCAGGUGCUGGGGACCUUCCGCGUGCAAAGCAGAUUCUCUGCUGCUGAGCUACAGCUUUAUCCUCUUGCCCAACAAAAGGGAAAGCCAGCAUCCUCCUCCACCAGUUCCUUCUUCCCCUUUGUCUGUUCUGCACAGUUCCCAAUGUGCAUCCCCUCCCACAUGCACACAGUUCCUUCACAGGCUUCCCUUUUGCUCUGCAGACAAUGCCUGCCCUAUACUGUGUUGUUAUUUGUGUAUUAUGACAGCAUCUAUUAUCAUCACCAUUAUAGACCGCAAGCUAGACUGGGGCGUCUCCGAUGCGGGAGCCUGCCUGACUUCCAUCCAAAGAGCUGGGUGAAAGGAGAUACGCUCCCCUCUCUAAUCUUGCUGCUGUUGUUUCCACUGCCCCUUCCAGCAGUCAGACACUUAUUUUGCGUCGAGGUCUCAGCAGGGGUGCAAUUUAAUGGAGGGCAUUACAAAAACUGGAUCGUACACUCUCUCACACACAUACCAUGCGUCAGACAAUAUGUUGCUAUUCCUGCGGAGCAUUUAGAUUUCCGCUCAGCUCACAUCUUCUGCAUCUAAGAGGCGUUUUGCAGGAUCAGGCCAAAGGGGUCCCAUAGAGCCCAGCAUGCUGUUCUCAGAGUGGCCAAGCAGACCUCCCAACAGGAAGGCAGAAAGGAUAAUCUGAGCUCUGAGCACAACAGCAGCGCUCUUCUCAUUUGUGAUUCCCAGCUGGUAAGCAGAAGGAUUUCAGUCCUGUGUGGUGCUGGUUGUUUCUCCUUCAUGAGCAGCUUCCAUGUGUGCCCCCCAUGUGGGCAGCCAUCUCCCCCACCCCACCAGAAGGUGCAGCUCUGGUUUCAGUCCCUACAAAAUAGGGACUGAAAGAACUCCUUGAUCAUCCUCAGUUCCCCAUCACUGAAUGUAAGAAGAGCUUGGCUGCUGGAUUAGGGAAAAGGACCACGAAGCCCAACAUUCCGCUCUCAGAUUGCCUAACCAGAAACCAAAAUGGAAAGCCCAGAAGCAGGACUUGAGUACAACAGCAGCGCUUUCUGCACUUGUCAUUGUGAGAUCAGGUGACUGACAGGUGGGUGGCUCCACCCACCUGCCAAACUUGGCCUGCUUGUAUGUCAGGGGCAGUGUUAGAAAUUCAGAUAUAUAAGCUAGGCACCAAAUGGCUUCUAAAACCAAGGUUACAGUCGCCCAAACGGAAUGUCUAGUUGCCAUUUUGGGGGCAAAGCAGCUCUGAAGCCUUAUUUUUCAAAGGAUGGACUGAUUGUGAUUUAUUCUCAUUCAAACAUCUGGCUAGUUCAGAUGAAGAAGAAGAGUUUGGAUUUGAUAUCCUGCCUUUCACUCCCCUUCAGGAGUCUCAAAGCGGCUAACAAUCUCCUUUCCCUUCCUCCCCCACAACAAACACUCUGUGAGGUGAGUGGGGCUGAGAGACUUCAAAGAAGUGUGACUGGCCCAAGGUCACCCAGCAGCUGCAUGUGGAGGAGCAGAGACGCGAACCCAGUUCCCCAGAUCACGUGACUACCGCUCUUAACCACUACACCUCACUGGCUCUCUACAACCUUGAGCUAAGUUAAGAAUUUUGAGAACUUAAAGAAGAAAAGUAACUUGACCCAGGGAUAGUCCACAUACUUAUUAGCCUAUUCCAACCUCUUUUUAUAAAUGGUGACUGCUCCUGCUCAGGCUGCACAGAAAAAGCGUUUUGCUUCCAGAAAUUCAUUUCAAUUGUGCAGGAAAAAUAGAACUGAUGGAAUUCUACAGGAUGGGGUAUUAGUGUGUGAAAACAGCCCAGAUCCAAUGAUGCCCAGGCAUGCACCUUCAGAUGGUUGAGAUACCUGAUGCCCAGGUAUCUUCACUUGGUUGCAAGUGGCCAAAAGCCAGAUGCAAAAUGCUCCUGGUGCCUGGUUAUUUUUGAACACUGGUCGGGGUUGGGGAGAGAUAAGGAUCCAGCAUAGAUUCAAUUCCUGAUAUGGGCCUUUGGUUUGAUCCAGCAGGACAUCAUAGAUGUCUCACAGUGUUCCUCAUUCAUUGUGUUUUUGUUUUUUUUGUCUCUUCAUCAGAUGAAGAAUGUUCCACCACAGAACAUCCUUACAAAAAGCCCUACAUGGAGACAUCUCCUCCAGAAGAAGACCCUUUCUAUCGCUCCACCUACUCCCAGCAGCAGGGACUCAAUACCAGUGCGUACAGGACUGAGUCUGCUCAGCGCCAAGCCUGCAUGUACGCCAGCUCUGCACCCCCUACGGAACCGGUGCCCAGCCUAGAAGACAUCAGCUGCAACACGUGGUCUGCUGUGCCAUCCUACAGCAGCUGCACAGUGACUGCCAUGCAGCCUAUGGACAGGCUGCCUUACCAGCACUUCUCUGCCCAUUUCACUUCUGGCCCCCUCAUGCCCCGGCUUGCCACAGUCGCCAACCAUACCUCAUCGCAGAUCGGGGAGACGCAUGCCAUGUUCCAGCACCAGACCUCCGUCCCUCACCAGCCAAUUGUCCGGCAAUGUGGACCUCAGACAAGCAUACAGUCGCCUCCCAGCAGCCUACAGCCAGCAGAGUUCCUUUAUUCUCAUGGGGUACCCCGAACCCUCUCCCCCCACCAGUACCAUUCCGUGCAUGGGGUGGGCAUGGUGCCAGAAUGGAGCGAGAACAGCUAA